CCAGCGGGAUUUCUUGUCUUCUGCGCCAAGGGCCACUUUAAAAAGGGCCUUAUUUAUAGAAAAAUUAUAUUAUAUUCCCUAAAUUCCCAAUAGUUUUGAGCGAACCCAAUGACCGGCGUGGAACCAGGUGCACGUACCUUGUACUCGACUGUGCAAAACAACGAAUAGAUUCGCCGGCAACCGACGACAUCUGUGGGUCGACAAACUUGCACAAUCGCCGAGCUCAGCAAUCGCCAGUAAAUAAAGGACUUUCUGCAGGAUGGCCGAGGCAAUGGUUGUGGAGGACCGGGCAGCGGAGCCAAAGCGCUUCUUCUGCCAUAUGUGCAACGUGGAGAUCAACAUUCCCAACUCGGACUUCACCUGUCCACUGUGCGCGAAUGGUUUUGUGGAGGAGCUGCCGGCGAAUGCGCCUGAGAUGGCUUCUCCAGCGGCCGGAGCCUCCAGCGGUGGCCGAUCCGGUAGUAGCGGUAGCGGCAGCGGAUCCUCUGGCUCCCAUGACACGCUGAGCAGGGGCAGUGCAUCUGGCGGAUCUCAACUGAACGUGGAGUCGCUGCGAAACGAUAUUGUGUCACUGCUUAACAUGCGUAAUGUGCCCAACUUGGAGAUCACCAUCGAGCCAAACCGGCGGCACAGCAAUGUGGUGCACCUAGGUGGCUUUGGACCCUCGGGCAGUGGCUCUGGCGGCGGUCUUACGGCCGGCGGACGUGUGCGUCCAGCCAAUCUGGACCGACUGGACAAUGUGCUCUUUGAUUUUUUGCAGAGCCUGCCGUUAGCCGGUGCCACGGCCGAAAUUGUGACCGGACCCGGAGGAGGAGGUGUCGGUGGCGGCGGCAACUCGCACAUGUUCUUCAUGGGAAACCCCGGGGACUACGCUUGGGGCCGCGAGGGCCUUGACACCAUCGUCACCCAGAUGCUCAACCAGAUGGAGACGUCAGGGCCGCCGCCAUUGUCGGCGCAGCGCAUUAACGAGAUACCCAAUGUGCAAAUCAGUGCCGAAGAGGUAGAACGCAAGAUCCAGUGCUCCAUAUGCUGGGACGACUUCAAGAUAGACGAGACUGUACGCAAGCUGCCCUGCUCGCACCUUUUCCACGAAAACUGCAUCGUGCCAUGGUUAAACCUGCACAGCACCUGUCCCAUCUGUCGGAAGUCGUUGGCGGAUGACGGUAGCGAUGCCGACGACGAGUUCGUUAUGCUCGAUGGAUUUGGCCCGGCUAUGGGGACCGAUGGCAGUAAUUCCACCAGGAGCUCAGCCAGCAACGCCACAGGAACAGACAAUCCCUCGCCAGCCAACAACAGCAGCAGCCAGACCACGGCGGAAAGUAGCCGAACACGAUCAGAGGCCACAAAUCCCGCCCAGCCAGCACGCAACAACGUCUUUACCUUCGACGACGACAACAUGUUUUUGGACUAACUGGGAAAGAGGCAGUAAAUCGAACAGAAGCGAUGAUCGAUUGAUAUUCAAAAUUAAGCCAAAUAUUGGCAGCGGCUUUAGAAGUUUAGCCCUUAAACAUAAUUAAUCAAAUAUUUAUAAUAGUUUGUCCUCACGCUUAAUUUUGUUGUUGUUCAAAAUAACGAUUUGUAAUAAACAACACGGAAUAUUUAAUUCCGUUGGCUCCGCAAAAUCAA